AUGGAUAUUGCAAGGAUUUUCCACAAAUGUCUAUUAGAAUAUACCUUAGCUGAUAAAAUUCAGGGUAUCACAGUCGACAACGCAACUGCAAAUACCAAAUUCAUGUAUGAACUUGGAAAACUACUGCCACAUUUUGAUUCGGAUAAUCAACAUUUUCGAUGCAUUGCUCACAUCUUGAACCUGGGCGUACAAGAUUUAUUGAAUAACUUAGCGUUAAAUAUUGAAACUGAUAGUCAAGAACAAGAACAGCAAUGUGAAGACGAAGAAGAGAAAGUUGAAGAAUAUGUACCAAAUAUUUCUGACUCAAAUCCAAGGCACAAAUCUCAGACUUUCGAUAUGACACUAUGGGGACAACAACUAAAAUCUGAAAGCCUGCGUAAAUUUGAAGAACUUUACAAGGAAUAUAAAAACCUACACGCAGUGCCUGGAUCUCCAGGAUUACCAAGACAUGACAAUGAAGUAUGUGAAUAUGAUGAAGACGAAGACGUAAUCGAUUUUAAUAAAUUGUAUGCAUGCCCCUCUACAUCAUCUGGAUCUGGUAUUCAACGCUUCAAUAACAAUGAGUUCGAGGAUUAUCUAGAUAAACCAAGGGCCGCAAACUUGCAAGACUUGCGAGACUCUUGCAGCAAGACCGAGACCAAGAUCAAGACUGAGUGUGCAAUACCAAGACCAAUACCAGGUUUACCGACGCAAGACCAAGACCAUGACUGGGGGUGGGAUAACAUGAUAGAGAACAACUUAAUUUACCCUGAGGCUGACGGGUAUAUCGAUGACUAUGACCCCAACGUUGAGCCCACAGUCUUGAACGAACAUGCCACUGCAGCUUUUCGACAUUUCCACACCUUGAUCCGAGGAUAUUUGCAGUUGAUUUCAGAAACGCGUGACCUGGUGGGUGAAGUGCGUAUGAAUGAUUGGUUCAACAGACCUCGACUGUUAGAAAUGGGUCAAGCUUUCGAUGAUCUAGCCCGAGGCCUCACUGUACAGGAGCAGGACUUCAGUGACCAAUUCUGGGACAGUGAAAUGACUCAGUUCCUCUUCAAGCGUAACAGAACGUUUGGUGGAGAUUUGCGAGCUACGGACAUUCAGCGUGGUCGCGACCAUGGCCUUGGCUCAUAUGUGAAUACGCGGGCUGCUUAUGGCCUCUCUGUACCGCAAAGCUUCCAUGAAAUGAGUGACUACAUAUCCAAAGAGAACAUACAAGUCUUGCAAUCAUUGUACGAGUCACUUCAGGAUGUGGAAUUAGUAGUUGCCGGGUCGCUGGAACAUAACGUUCCAGGUGCUCUAGCUGGCCCUACAUACCUUAGCAUCCUCACUGAACAGUUCUACAGAACCAGAGUUGGAGACAGAUACUUCUUUGAAAACGGAGCUGAUCCUGACAUCGCCUUCACUCCUAGUCAACUGGCGGAAAUCCGCAAAUCAUCGAUGGCGCGAUUACUUUGUGACAACGUUAACUCAAUUAAUCUUAUGCAGCCUAGAGCCUUCGAACAACUAAGCCCUGAGAACGAACUUGUGCCGUGUGAUGAAUUACCUGCUGUAGAUCUCUCUUUCUGGCGUGACACUGAAUAUUGCAAAUAAGUUAUUCUAAUAUACAACCUAUGAAUAAAAUAAAAAGCGAGUUCAAUUUGUAAUGUUGAGAAACCGCGUUAUUUUCAAGUUAGUUUUCUCUACCAAAUUUCGGAGGCAAUUUUUUUUAUUGAAAUAUUGUGGUAUACCAUCAUGAAGUAUUAUUUAAUAUUCGAGUGGUAGUAUCUUGAAUUAUUAUUUAAUAUUUCACUAUAAUAUAUUCGAAUACUUACGUAGUGAAUUGCCUGUUAGUGUAGUAAUUAGGAACGCUUUUUGUAUUAAGUAUUUCUAAAAACUAUUUUCCCAAGUUAUAAAAAUUUGUCGUUACUUUGUGAUGUCUUUUUAAUUGAGAUAAAGGAAAAAUAAUUGAGUAAAAAAAUAAUGUUUUAUUUAUCUUGUACUGAAA